AUGACUGCCGAGAGUGCCAAAACCAACGGACCCAUGCGGGAGCCGGAGGCAGGGGGGACCAAGCCGCCAGUGUCCCCCGCCCCACCGCGGCGCCGGGGACGCAGGCUGCGGCGCAAGUCACCACCGGAGAUCCCGGUGAAAGGGCAGCUCCGCAUGCGCUCGCCGUCAGGAGCCUUCGUCAUGGUGGGCAUCUCGGUGGUCCUGGUGGGCAUGACCAUCGCUGUGGUGGGCUACUGGCCCCACCGGGGACCCGGGGGCACCGGGGCUGGCACGGGGAACACCAGCACCACGGGGGACGUGAGGAGGGAGGUGGCCACCGGGCGCCACGGGCCCCACAGUGAGAAGCUCAAGCUGAUCGGCCCCGUCAUCAUGGGCAUCGGGCUCUUCAUCUUCAUCUGCGCCAACACCAUGCUGUACGAGAACAGGGACAUGGAGACCCGCAGGCUGAUGCAGAAGGGUCUCUACUCCAUGGUGGCAGGUCUCCCCGAGGGGACCGGCCCCGAGGACGAGCGCUGCCAGCACGGGGACCGCCAGCCCGUCCCCAAGGCCAACGCCGAGUGCGUGGAGGGCUGCUACCAGGUGGAUCUCUCCUGCCAGCCCUGCCCCGGCCCCGGCAGCAAGUGGUCCAACUGCUACGGCCCCAACAGGCUCCAGACCACAGCCGAGCUCCUCCAGCACCCAGCAGCAUCCCCCGCCGCCUCCCUCCUCAGCCUCCGCUCCGGCGCCUCCGCCGAGGCCAACCUCAGCCUCUCCUGCCGCGCCGGAGCCGAGUCCCUCCUCUCCUCGGCCGUUGGCGCCUUGGCGUUGCCCGUCAUCAAGCUCAACAACCGCUUGCUGGACGCGGCGGCACGGGGGGCUGGCGAGGGGUUGGAGGGGGGCCCCGCCAAGCCUCCUCCCGAAGCACCGCGGCUCUCCCGGGCUCCGCUCUCCGGUGGCGGCAACAUUGUGCCCCAUGGCCAGGACCGUGGUGGUGGUGGUGGUCACGUCGUCAUCAACAUGGAUGGUGGCUGCCCUGGCGCGGAGCUGGCAGUGGCGGAGCUCAGCCCGGACGCGCAGCUCCACACCCCGGGACACUCCAAGUCCCUGGACCUCGGCCGGCCGGGGGUGCUGCUGGUGGCCCCCAUCAAGGACCGUAAGAACCGGAGCUGGCCCCGGCUGGACCACGUCAGCGUGGUGGGUUACGCCAAACUGGAAAGCACUGGCGAGUCCUCGGACCGGCUGCUGGAGCCCAGCGAGCCCCCGAGCCGGGGCGAGCCCCGACCCAGCUCCUGGGCGGUGGGGAUGGAGCAGGGCACGCGGGUCUGACGUCUCCACAGCCCUUGGGGGGACCGUGACGUUGCAGUCCCUCAUCCUGGCCCCCAGCACCCACCAGCGACCCCAAAACCCCAC